AUGACCAAAGACUAUUUUGCGUCUUUUCCUAAAAUCUACAAUGUCCACUUCAUUGCCAUUAUCGCCACGUGUGGCGGUAUGCUCUUCGGCUUUGAUAUCUCGUCCAUCUCUGCAAUCGUCGUGAGCAAGCAAUACAUCGAAUACUUCCAUAAUCCGGCUGGCGCCCUUCAAGGAGCUAUAGGCUCGGGCAUGUCGGCCGGUUCCGUCGUCGGUUCUGCCCUCUGCGGUGUCAUCUCUGAUAAACUCGGUCGUCGUGAUUCCAUCUUCUUCGCGACCUUCUUCUGGCUUGUUGGUACCGCCGUCCAAGUCGCCACAAACAGCAGCGGUAUGCUCAUUGUUGGCCGUGUGCUCAAUGGGUUCACCGUCGGCAUCACUUCGUCCCAAGUCCCCGUGUAUCUUGCCGAGAUUGCCAAAGCGGAGAGUCGUGGUUCCAUCAUUAUCAUCCAACAGCUGGCCGUCGAGUUUGGCAUCCUGAUCAUGUACUUUCUUGGCUAUGGAUGCACCUUCAUCGAAGGCCCCGCCUCAUUCCGUGCCGCCUGGGCAAUGCAGUUCAUCCCUGCUGUGUUCCUCAUGGCGGGUCUCCCGUUUCUUCCCCACUCACCUCGCUGGCUUGCCAAGGUUGGCCAAGAGAAGGAGGCUGUUAACACCCUAGCUCGGAUCCACGCCAAAGGAGACACCAAUGAUCCUCUUGUUAUCGCCGAGUGGGAAGAGAUUGUCACCACAAUGCAAGCUGAACGAGAAGCUGCUCCGGGCUGGCGCAAGUUCGUCCUCCGGGGCAUGUGGAAGCGAACUCUCGCUGGGUUUUCCGUUCAGGCAUGGCAGCAGCUCGCGGGUGCAAAUACGAUCGUUUACUAUCUUACGUAUAUCGCUCAGAUGGCAGGUUUGACCGGCAACGUCGCUAUGAUCACAUCUGGAAUCCAAUAUGCCAUCUUCAUCGUCUUUACCGGCUUGAUCACGCCGUUCGUCGACAAUUUUGGACGUCGCACACUGCUUAUUUACGGAGCCCUGGGAAUGGGCCUCUGCCACUUUGUUGUUGGAGGUACCAUGGCCACACACUACAUCUCUGUCCCAGAAGGUGUCGGUGACCCCCCGAACCACAACAUCAUCUUCAAGGUCAGCUCAGGCUCCCCGGCCAACGCUGUCAUUGUGUUCUCCUAUUUCCUCAUUGUUGUUUACGCCCUCACUCUUGCACCCGUGUGCUGGAUCUACGCUGCCGAAGUCUGGUCACUGGGAACCCGAGCAACGGGCAUGGGUAUCGCUGCUCUGGGUAACUGGCUCUUCAACUUCGCCCUAAACAUGUUCCUCCCACCGGCAUUCAUCAACAUCAAGUGGCGCAUCUUCAUCGUCUUUGGCGUCCUUUGCGUGGGUGCCGCCGGGUGGUUCUUCCUCCUCUAUCCCGAAACCUGCGGCAAGACCAUUGAAGAAAUCGAGAUCAUGUUUAGUAAGGAUGGCCCUCGCCCCUGGCAGACUCGAAAGGGCGAAUCGCGUCUUCACAAGGAAGUUGAAGCUAUCAGGAACAGGAAGAAUCAGGGUGGCGAUGGUGUGAUGGGUGGUGAUGAGGCCGACGUCGCGGAAAAGGCCUAG